AUGGCAGAUCAACAACAGCUUACUGCUCCUGCUCCUUUACCCUUCCACACCCUUACCGCCCCGAACUCUUCACCAGACUAUGUCGCCCUUGAGAAAUCCGGCCCGCCAUUUAAGCCAGCUGUCGUGCGUGCCCCCGAGCCUUAUGCUCCGGAGGCGUGUCGUUUCAUCAACAUCUGCCAUCAGAUGGAGUAUUACAUGUAUUCACCGGAGGAGUUGAGGUGGAAUUUCAUUUCGGGAUUGACGAUGGAGGUCAGCAAGGGAAUGGUGAAGGCGAUUGAGGAGCCGUAUGACCCAGAAAAGCAAAAGGGGCUUCAGGUCGCGGAGCAGGUGGAGAUGCUUGAACGCCGACUCAAAAUCGAAUUCAUCACACAGCUCGAGAAGGCGAAGCGACUUGUAAUCCCAGAGCUGGCCUUCAUCGAGAAGGUUGCGGCGGAGCACCCAGACAUGACUGUUGGUGACCUAUGGAAGCAGAUACAGGAGAAGCGGAAAGCUGGCCUUCUUGAGGGAUGA